AUGUCCCGCCCGUCCACAGCUCUCAAGCUCUCCAAGCUCCUUCGUUCCGCCCGCGGCCUCUCAACAACCGUUCGCUCCCCCUCACGACUUCGCACGUCCAUCCCCCGCGCCAUCACCGCCCAAGCCAACCCCCAAUCCUUCACCCCAGCAUCCCCAUUCUCAACCACCCAAUUCCUCGCCAAAGGCCUCUCCCCCGAGUCGGCAGACCCAGCUCCGAAAGAGGCAGAGUCAGAAUCGUACACUACAGCGUCUGCGCCGGCGGAUAUCACAGCAGAGGAGUACCACGAGCUAGCGGAUGCGUACCUCGAUGCGUUGAUCGAGAAGCUGGAGACGCUGCAGGAGGAGAGAGAGGAGGUGGAUGUCGAGUAUAGUGCCGGCGUCCUGACCCUCGCAUUUCCACCUAACGGUACCUACGUGCUCAACAAACAGCCGCCCAACAAGCAGAUCUGGCUCUCCUCCCCGCUCACUGGCCCGAAGCGCUACGACUACGUGAUGCUGAGUGAGGGGCAGGAUGCCAAGGAGGGGACGGGCCGGGGCGAGUGGGUGUACUUGCGUGAUGGCAGCUCACUGACGGAGGUGCUGGAGGGAGAGCUGGGAAUUGUAGUUGCGGAGGUAAUACCUCCAUCAGCACCUAUCUCUCUCUCUCUCUCUCUCUCGCCCCCCUUACAGAGUACUUCGACGCACGCACUCAUUCGCGGUUACCCGACUUCCAACGCCGCUCCUGCACACGUGCUGGCCUCCGUCGUAAAGCUCUGUAGUAAAGCUCCGUCCGGAGCAGGGGCUGCUCAACGCAGGAUAUCGAUGCACCAGCAGCGCGUCGUCGAAACUCCGAGGUUUGGGACGGAGUCAUAG